AAAGAAGAAGAAGAAAAACCGGAAGUUUACUAACCGUGUUUGUGCCGUGGUCGAUGUCAAACUAACUACUUCAACUACUCGUCCAAUUUGGCUGUUGAGAGACUGUAAGGAUGUCUGAAAGGAAAGUGUUGAAUAAAUACUACCCUCCGGACUUUGAUCCGGCCAAAAUCCCUAAACUUAAAUUGCCUAAAGAUCGACAGUAUGUGGUCAGAUUGAUGGCACCAUUCAACAUGAGGUGUAAAACCUGCGGCGAGUACAUCUACAAGGGAAAGAAGUUCAAUGCACGUAAAGAGACAGUCAUGAACCAGCUCUACAUGGGACUCCCCAUCUUCCGCUUUUACAUCAAAUGUACGCGCUGUCUGGCGGAGAUUACGUUCAAGACGGACCCGGAAAACACGGACUACGCCAUGGAGCACGGGGCCACCCGAAACUUCCAGGCGGAGAAACUCAUCGAGGAGGAGGAGAAGCGAGUCCAGCAAGAGCGAGAGGAUGAGGAGCUCAACAAUCCCAUGAAGGUGCUGGAGAACCGCACACGGGACUCCAAGAUGGAGAUGGAGGUGCUGGAGAAUCUCCAGGAACUAAAGGACCUGAACCAGAGACAGGCCCAGGUGGACUUUGAGAGCAUGCUGGGCAAGUACCGAGAGCUGGAGAAGAGAGAAAGGGAGCGGGAGAAAGAAGAGGACGAGCGGGAGACCAAAGACAUGUUGGACCGAGCGCUGGUGAAGAGAUUGCGCGACUCCGACUCUGAAAAUGAAGAAGACGCCAGCGGCAACAGCGGAAACGUCCCGUCACAGAAGCCCUCCAACACUUCCAACCCAACUGACAUCCUCACAGACGACAAACCCACAGAAGCUCAUGGCGCUGUCACUGCAAAAAAGGCCAAGCUGGAGAGCUGGGAGAAGAGCGUGGGCACCCUGGGUGCAGGCGGCGCUCUCGGAUCGCUUGUCGUACGCAAGAAAUCGACCAGUCGAGUCAAGACCACUGCCGCUAGCUCGGGAACAGACAAAAAGGCAUCUCCUUGUGCCAGCGGCGUGGCUAAACUUUCAACUCCUUGUGGGGACGCACCGAAGGAAACGUCGUCACUCAGCCUGUUGGUUACUUAUUCAGACAGCGAGAGCAAUGACAGCGAAUGAGGAGAUGUACACUGAUGACACCAUGAAAUAUGUUUUAGUAUAUAAUUAAACUCUGUUUAAAGGCAA